UUGGCCCGUCCGAUCCGAUCUGGAGCGGAGUGAAGCGGCGCCCGGUCGGCCCAGUAAUCCAGCGCGUUUCAUUUAACCGACGUUUACUUCCCGUCGCCCGUUGCUGUGCGUCCGGGCUGUAGUCGAUCGGCAGCAGCAGCAGCAGCAGCAGCAGCAGCUCCUCUGAGUCAUGGCCGCAAUGAUGAUGACUCUGAGCGCAGGGCUGGGUCCGGGUCCGGGUCCGGGCUUGGGGCAGGAGGACGCGCUCGGUGCGCUGCUCAGACCCGCACUGCUGCCCGACGACAUCCAGGGGGGCGAGGAGUCCGAUCUGUUCGCCGGCGGGGACACGAAAAGCGCGAUCAGGGAGCGGGACCCGCGCGCCGAUUACAACAUCCAGGCUAAAUUAGAGAUGGAUAAGUACCUGACGCCUCAGCUGUUGAACUUGCCGGAGGCGAAGAAGUCACGGCGGGACAGCGCGUCCGUGGUCGAUCAGUACUUCAGCGAAGAGGGAUCUCCGUACAGCAUCAACAUGAACGUGUUCCUGCCCGAAUUCAACUACCUGCGCACCAGUUUGUGCCGACCGCCCCGGCCGGCCGUGACCCACAUCAAGGCCGAGCCCAUGUCUUUCCAGCAUCCGAGCUGCCCCCACAGUGGCGCCGAGCCCACCCUCCCCGAGUUCACAAGCGUCUUCAGCCAGUCCGGCGGGACUGAUGUCGAUGGCGUUUUUGUCAAACAGGAAGUGUCCUCUGACAUCGCUCACGACAGCUCCUUUUUCCAGCUCCUCAAUUCCGAGAUGGACGUGAUGCUGCCGGGCGACCUGGCCGGCGUGAACCCGCACAGGAGCGUCCCCGUGUCUCCUCACGUUCCCGCCAUCAGUGACGUGCACUUUGUCGGCCAGCAGACCGGAGUCAGGCCCUUUUGCAACGUGCACAGUGGGGGCUACGCCCAGCCCGGCCCCCUUGUCCAGCAGGCGCAGAAAGCGACCUGUCUCCCGCCCUCGCCGCCCGUGUCCGAGCCGGGCAGCCCCAACAGACAGAAAGAGCUCGCGCACAAGUUAUCGCCGCCUCCUUCCUAUGCGGCGACCAUCGCCUCCAAGCUCGGCGUCCACAGUCCUGGUCUUCCGGCGGCUUUGCCUGUGUCCCCUCAGAUGGUGCCGGUCAGGUACAAUCGCCGGACGAACCCGGACCUGGAGAAAAGGAGGAUACACCACUGUGACUUCCCAGGAUGUAAGAAAGUCUACACCAAGUCCUCUCACUUGAAAGCCCACCUAAGGACUCACACAGGGGAGAAGCCAUACAGGUGCACGUGGGAGGGCUGCGACUGGCGCUUCGCCCGCUCUGACGAGCUGACGCGACACUACAGGAAGCACACGGGGGCCAAGCCCUUCCGGUGCGCCGUGUGUAGCCGCAGCUUCUCCCGGUCCGACCACCUGGCUCUCCACAUGAAGAGGCACCAGAGCUAGCCUACUCUUCAUCUUCGUCAUCACCGUAAUCUGUGCUGGGGUGGGGUAAUCAUCUCAGCAGUUUUGUGCCCUGUCCAAUGUUCUGUGUACUUCACAUUAUAGAUUUUUUUUUUUUUUUUGUCCUCGUUGUAAAAAAAAAUCUGGAAACCCACCCAUUCCAAGCACAUAUUUUGGCAUGAUGAGUUAUCAUAUUUAAUUUAUAUUAUCAUGUACUUUGACACCAUGUAGGGACUGCAUUUACUGUGUUUAUCAAGGUAUCGAUCUGUGGUCCAUAGUGGACAGGAUUUCUGGUCCUGAUUUUGACACUGCUUAACUCAUUUUAUUAGUGAAGAAACUUCUCUUUCCUGAAAUGUAACUCACUAUGACAAUGCUGGUUUAAACGAGUUGCAGUAAACUCUGUACAAAGACAUUCUAGACCUGUUUUUCUAGAAUUCUGCUUUCUGUAUUACUAAUGUUGUGUUUUUUUUUUUGUUUUUUUUUUUUUAAUUUAUUUACUUAUUUUUAUAUUUUGAUUUUUAAAGGAAAUGUCAGUUAAAUUUGCAGAGAAAUGCAUGGUCCAGCAAGUCUUUGAAUGUCUAAAAACCUUACAGCGUAAAAUGUAUUCAACAGUUGAGUUUUUCACAGGUCUAUACUGUAUUCUUACCUUUUUUCUUAUUUCAGAUUGUAUAGUUUCAAAGUUUUCUAUAAAAAUGAAUUAGGUCUGGGAAUAUUUUUAGAACAUAGAUUUUUUUUUUUUUUUUUUCCCUUCCUCCCAGGGGUUUGACUAGAAGUGCUUGGUUAUUGUUUGGCCAAUCUUACAGUAUAUGCAUACACUGAUACUUGCACCAUACUUCAGCCCAAAGAGAAACUCUUGAAGUUUACUUGACAGACUCAAGUGCACUUACCUUUUUUGACCAAUAUUGUGUAGCUAUAAAGCCACAAUGGGUUAUGAAUAUAUGGCGACUUAAGCAAUUUCACUCCAAGUUUCCAGGUGUUGCGGUAACUUAUUCAUAUUUUGUUCAGUUUAACUAGGGUACGAAUGUGCACUGUGCCAAAUUGGAAUCAAAUUGUCUCCAUUCUUCCAAUUAAGCUAUUUUUCAUAAAUGCUGUAUACUUGAACUAAUCUUUACUACAUGUAACUGGGAAAGAAAAAAAAAUCACCCAUUUAUUGCACUGGAGUAGUACAGGAUUCAUUUGUUUCAAACUGAGAAAGAGUACUAAUAACCUUAAUGCUGGAACCGUUGCUACUGAACUUCAGUGAUACCAUUUAAAGCAAUGUACCAAAGCAUGUCGAAGCUGAAGCAAAUUUAAAUAAUGGAGGUAUAACUUCUGUAAACAUCUUUGCGCGUGUGUGUGUGUGUGUGUGUGUGUGUGUGUGUGUGUGUGUGUGUGUGUGUGUGUAUUUAUAUGGUAUAUACUGUAUAUUUCUCAAGCUGUUCAUGGAAACACAUGAACUUGGUAUCAACUCGUUGCGAAUACACAUUUCAUCUCAAGUGCCUUUGGAGGUCCUCUGAUCAGCUAUACUAUGGACGCUAGAGCCCAGCUGUGCAGAACUUACCUGCUAACAUGUCGAAUCUGGAUUUUGGAUCACUGCCUGUUAUUAACAUAAACACGUGUAAAGCCUGGUUGUUUCCUGGAAAUGUGUAUUGUUUAGUUUAUUUAUUAUGUAGGAUAGUAAUACAAAGUACAAAGAUUACUGAUUUUGCCAAAAAUUGCUUAAUGUAAAUACCUGACAGUGUAAAUACUUCUUUGCACAAGUAACAAUUGUUUUAUAUAAAUUUUGAAACAAGGGGGCUCACUUGUGGCCUGCCCUUCUGCCACAUUGUGUGAUUUUACUUUUUGUUUAAAUUUUGUAUGGACUUUUCAAAAUUCAAGUGUGAUCUGUAAGAUGUUGAAUGGCUAGAAUACACCACCUUUGAUUUUGGCCUGUGAACAAUAAAGGUUAAAAUACAGCUCAGUUACUAGUUCGUAUACUUUUUUGACCUUCUAAAGCUUGUGCUUUUAUUCCCUCCAAAAACCGCACAUUAACAAUGUC